GGUCGGUCGCGCAUGAGGGCACGCAAGCGCGCUUACAGACCCCCGAUGUUGCCGCGAAGUCCGUCCACCGCACACGGGGGGUUUUCAGUCCGUGAACAUACGCGAUCGGGUUCGCCUCGAAUACCGAAAGUUAUAAUACACAGUGUAACUCGGCAAAUGAUUUAAUCGCGCGAGUCGAACUAUUAUGCGGCGCGCCGAGUGCGAUUGUCGAGGCUUCAUGUGACCGAAAGUCACCCGCUGAUUGUUAAUUAUUUAUUAAGAAGCCGAGCAUUUAGGGCGCAACGAUGGGAAUUAGAAGAUUAGCCAUAUCGCGCGCUUUCGUUUGUUGCUCGAAUAUAAUUUUCUUGAUGUCGGGUUUCGUGUUGAUGUCGCUGGGAGGAUUGUUGUUAGCCGACAACGAACGGAUUUUAUUAUCGCGUCUGCUAGGACCUGGUGACAUUCAUCCCGAUCAGCCACUGUUUUAUUACCUGGCUUUCGCUAUAGUUGCACUAGGAUUUCUCAUCGCCAUCACCGGACUUUUCGGAUGCUGGGCGGCUUGUCUCUUUAAUCGCUGCAUCACGAUCUCCUACCUUUUAACAAUAAUAUUGUUGCUCUUCGGCGAAUGCACCGUGUGCAUCAUCGCUGUUUUCUGGCCUCAUGUACUGGGGAUCGACGUAAGACCGGCGCGUCUGAUACGCGCUCUGCAGCGCAGUUAUGCUGUACCUGGACGCGAGCAAUUCACAGCUGCCCUCGAUCUUGCACAAACAACAUUCGCCUGUUGCGGGAUAAACGGAAGCAGCAAUUACGGCACGUCGUGGUGGCGACUGCAGGAAGUCGGCCGCAGAGAAUUAGUGAUACCUCUCAGUUGCUGCACCCUGAAUAACGCCAACGAGACGGGAUCCUUCCUCAACCCCGAGCCUGCCAAUCUCACUCUCUGCCAGGCUCUGAACCCUGCCGAACAUCAAUACGCCCGGCACACUGCGGGCUGUCUUGAACACAUCGAGAAGUGGACGCAAGAUCAGGCUUUGAUCUUGCUGGCUAUCGUAUUAGCAGUCAUGUUCGUCGAAGUCACGGCGCUUCUCAGCAUACUUCUCGCUUGCUCCCGAGGGAACAGGAGAAGCAAAUCGCAGGCAUCGACUUUCACCUCCACGCAGACUUUAAGCCCAUUCACCGAGAGCGAUCACGACUUUAGUAUAGGCAUCGAGAAUAGGAUGCAUACGGCCGGAACGACGUUCGGUGCCAAAUCAUGAAGAUGGCUGGAGGGCAGCGAAGGACGGACAGCAAUCGACGUCAAGGACGCGAGUAAGCGAGAAACGUGCGACGAUACCA